CGUGAGGAUCAAUGUAGAAUGAAUAGUUACACAAUCGAGUACAAUGAUACCUCUUCACUGAAACGCGAAGAGCUUCGUGAUUAUAACACCAGUUAAUCAGGUAACCAGUAAACGCGCAUAAAACGGCUCGUAAAACAUAAACUCGCGUGCGUAUCGAUUGGAAGCAAUCUCAUCUCUUGUCGGAUUUGAGGCGUCGCUGAAAAAAAUCCGCGACACGCGAGUGGCAAGCGAAAAACCGGAAACGAACCCCAGCCAGCCUCGUCUCGUCUAGGGUGAGACUAGAGGGGUGAGAGAACGAGGUGAUCCCUCCACGUAUCCGGCAUUGUUUCUCAACGGCACCCCCUCCGUCGUUCCCCUCCCAUAUGGUAGCCACAUGUAGGUUCUGGGCACCAUCAGAGGGGGGAAAAGUCAUCGCGGAGAUCCAGCUGAUGGUCGACGCAUUGGUCGAGCUUCCUCAGUUACUGUUGGACCGCACGCAGGUCUGGUCUACGCGUCUCGCUAGAUAAAUCCGGUUCCGAUAUAAAUUGUUCCAGAAGAACGGAAAUUCAGGCUGCGGAGGAGUAGGGCAACCUUGACCCUUGAAUCGCGAGGUCGCGCGAGAACCGGCGGAAACCAAACCACGCGAAGAUGAUACCGGAUGCAGAGGCUGUGUGUCAGACUUCCGAGGCUGCGGUCACCAGCGGCGGCGACGAGAAGAUUAAGGACCGGCCGGAAAAGGAAGUGGCGUCGGUGACCGCCUGGAACCGAUAUCAGCGACUAGUGGCCGCGAUGGAGUCCCGGGGUGGUGAAUUCAACCGAAAGUCCGUGAUCGAGACGAUCUUUCGCGGUAGCGAUCUAGUCUACGUUACUCAUUGAUCGGCGAAUCGAUCGGACGCGAGUGGAAACCUCUCGCCCAUUCCUAUACCAAAGUCCCAGCCAGUAUCAAAUCGCUUUCGCGUAGUGGCGUAGAAUUCGCGAGUCGCAACAUAGUAGUACCGUUUGAAUAUGAACCUACGUACAAGUAGGCGAAAUUUUCCAUGAAAAUAAAAAUUAUAUUUAUAUUACUUCUUUCUAAGAUAAAAUAAUAUGGAAUAUAUUAUUACUUGAUAAAUUUUUAUAAAGAAUUAAUUAUUGCUACAAACACAUUAGAAAACAGUGAUUAUUGAUCUAAUUAGUUAUCGCUAAAAAAUUAAUAUUUAUUAGUUAAAUAGUAAAUAGUAAAUAGUAAAUUGACACUUGCGUCACUUGUCAUCUGUAGGUAGAUGUUAUUAUGAAGUUAUAAUACGUAUAUUCAAGUACUAGUGGGUAUUUUUUUUAUGUACUGACAAUGAGAUUGCUAUGCGACGACGUCGAGAAUAGGAUGUAAGAGCGCAGUUUUGACGCGGUUAACGUGGCUGUGUAUUAUAUGUAGUUCGAUGUCGAGCGCACUAUUUUUAGAUCCACAUGAGGGGAGUUUAAUAGUUCCGAGAGACGAAUGCUUUUAUAAGUUUAUACAUACAUAAAGCAAGUAUCGUUAUAUACGUGCCUUUGGAAAAUUCCAAACAAGCGAUUCUUAAAGUCGAAUAUAAGAUAUAAGGUAUACGCACAUGUCAUUAACGCUCAAGUGCAAAUUGUAUUAACAAAUCAAACAUUAUUCCGAUAUAUGCGACAUUUUCGAGUAAAAAUAAAAUAAAAUUAUGUAAUAACAGCGAAUGUACACGCACCGCGAGGCAGACACAUUAAAUGCUUUCGAGAUAAAAUUUUGACAAACGUACUAGUUAAUUAUUAACAUUGACGAGCUUGGAAAAUUUCUUAUGUGCUAGAUAAAAAUGUAGCAAUCGUUUACUCUUUAAAAAAAAAGAUUUUAUCGACAUUUAUGAAUGGUUAUGUAUACGUCAUAAUAAUAAUAGCGAAUAAUGAGUUAACGCAAACGAGUGCGCCGCGUUUCUACGCCACUGAUUAAUGCAAUCAUAGAUUGAAAUACGAUUAACGAUGCCAAACUGUGUAUUACUAGUCAACGUGUGCAUACUAAAUCGUGAAAGAAUAGGAUAGAUCGUUUAAUAAGGCAAUUAUGACAACGGUGACGAUUACGACGUUGCUAUCAACGCGAUAGACGACGGAAGGCGUAUCUGUAAUCGCUGUAAUCUACCACAUGAAUUCAUGCGACAUUGGCUAUGCUCAAUCUUGUCAGCGCGAGCAACACUCGCUAUAUGUACAUAUAUAAGGACAAAAUAAUAUGCAAGAGGCUGAAGCUAAUAAUUAUGAUUAAACGUAAAACAAUUAUCGCUAAUUCUGAAGUAUUAUAACGUAUUAAGACGAUUGUGUAAUUGAAUGAUCCAGAGAUAAAUAAUGUUUUAAACUCUAGGAACAAACUGUAAAAGAAUUAAUUUAAUAAAAUGGAUUAUAUUUA